AGCGCCACCUGUAAAAAUGUUUGCAGCUUGAGUAACAAGGUCAACAACACUAAAAUCAGAAAGUGGCCAAGUUUUCCAAAAUACUGAUUUUCUCAAAGAAAUAGUGAUGUGAUUGUGAUUGGUGGUGUUUUUUCCGAGUAUUAUCGUGAGUUUCAGUACUUCCCUACAUACUCGAAUUUCUCAAAGACGCGAAAAAAGUCCCUCAAUGGCCUGCAGACAACUUUCUAUCUGAACUGCCGGUGCAAAUUGCACAUUUUGUCGACAAUCAGGUUUUUCUUUGCGUCAGCGAUGUGGUUACCAACUUGAAAGAGAGAAAAAAAAUGUGAAAAAUGUCGGGCGCCGAUUGUUUCAACGAUAUGCCGACUGAGAUUUUUGCGACGGAAACAAACGGAGAUAUUUACGAACAUUUACCAAAUAAUAAUGUUUGUCCAGUAAAAAAUUACGUACCCGAUGUAGAACAAAAUCAAGGCGCCACCAGUGGUGGUAGCCAUGAUGUUCCGAAAACGGAAAGUACCGAUUGUAACAAUGGUAGUAUCAAAAAAGUAACGAAAAGUCGCACUAAAAGUGGAAUGGGACGAGGUAGACCUCGUAAAGCGCUAGUUGCAAUGUAUCACAGUCAAAUAAGUGGCGAUAAAAACACUAUUAAAAUACGAAUAAAGAAAAGUAAUUUUACCGCACAAGUGCAACUUACUGCACCAAAUAAAAAGAAAAGCGGAAGACGGAAAAAACAAAAAGUUACAUCGGAUACGGACGUAUCCGAUUAUGAAUAUACGGCAAAGAAAAGUAAGAAUGAGAGUGUCGUGACAAGUACUCAGGAUCAGGAGGAGGAGCCUCAAGAACAAAGCGUUUGGGGCGAACACGUUCCUGAAAAUAUUUUAUAUAAAAUUUUUCAAAACGUGUGUUUUCAAGAUGGAUGUUUGCCGAAUCUAGUGAGAUUGUGUCGUGUGUGUAAACUGUGGCGGAACGUUGCUUUGACACCUUCAUUGUGGAACAAAGUGGAUUUGAAUUAUGUGAAAGAGCCGUUCAGGACUGAUUUGCAAUUACAUUGGUUGAUUUAUAAUCGGUUGUCUUGUUGUCAGGAUUUAAAUUUGGGUGAAUGGAAGGUUCGUGAUAUACAAAUUGCAAUUGAAGCUCUCUGUGCGAAUUGUCCUGAAUUACAAGGCAUAAAUUUGAGCGGUUGGAAAGGCCUCAAUGCUGAUAAUUUGAAAUAUUUAACGACAGAAUGUAAAAAACUGGAACGAUUAGACUUGUCGUCAAUUAACUCUACAUCGGCAAUUAAUUCUCAACCUUUGGUAGCAAUGGGCCAAACGAUGAGCAGUCGUUUGACACAUUUGGUGCUCGCUCAUAAUAAAAUGGCGGGUUUUACUCAAAUAAUGGCGUCAAUUGCUGCGAAUUGUCCGAAUCUCCAACUUUUAGAUAUAUCCAACAUUCGAACUUUUGCUCACAAUAGCGCACUUUUACACGUUGAAAAAUUACAAAUUGGUUGUCCAAAAUUGCGAGUUUUGCGUAUUACAAAUAGUCAAAUUUGGUUGGCACCGGCUAGUUUGACCGAUCAGGUUGCCUCACCUGGAUUUCCGCUUUUGGAGGAGUUGUCUUUAGCCGGUUUGGAAGAAGACCAAACGACUACUUCUCGAUCUGUUGAUGAUGACGGAAUUGAGAGGAUAUUGAAAAAUAGUACAAAACUUCGUUUGUUAGAUGUUAGAGGGUGUAUUCGUUUAACCGAUUCCGGUUUGGUUAAAGUACCUGCCUGGGAUCUUGAACAUUUAUUUUUGAGUGCCUGUUAUAUAACUCGGACCCAAAAUUCCGGUCUGGAAUUGAUAGUCCGGAAAUGGAGUCACAGUUUACUCGAAGUUGAUUUGGCUUGGAGUACAGCGACGGAAUCUUUGGAUGCAGCUGUGAUGGCUUUGGCUGAAAAAGAAGCCGAAUCGAAGCUGAGAAUUGUGAAUUUGUGUGGCUCUUCAGUGAGUUUAGAGCCGGUGAAAGCCGUACUAAAUUGCCCUCAUUUGCAUUCCAUUAAUUUGCAAUCGUGUCGGGCUUUACCUCGAGGGAUUAAAAGGUUAUAUACAGGAGAUGCCGUUCAAGAGUUGAAACAAAGUUUGCAAAAUAGGCCAAAGAAUGAUGUCAGCGAAUCAGAAACGGAACAGUCACCAGCUCAUCCAAUCGUAGCAGCUGUCGAAUAAAAUGCUUUUCUUUUUCAUGUCGAAUGUGAUUGAAAUUAUUUAAAUGCGAGUUUUUGAUCGAACGGGACCAAAAAAUUUUUUUCAAAAAAAAAUUUCAUUGAAUCUCGGAUAAUGAGAUCAAACUUUGAGCCAAUAUUUGAAUUGUUUUAAUCACAUUUCGGCUAAGAGUUUAUAAAUAUUUAUUAUAUAUACAUUGUAUAAAAAAUGUACGAUAAUUGUCUGAAUAUUUUAUUUUGAAUAAUUUAGAUAAAUACUUUACUAAUUUAAUACAGGUUAUCGAGUGUACAAAGUAUUUUAUUAAAAAUUUUCCUUGUUAGGUCUAAAUUAUUGUCUAUGUAAAGGAUUUAAGAGAAGAAAUAUUAGAGAAGAGAGCGGCAGUAUUAAUUUAUUUGUUAAUUCCCUGUGAGAACUUUACUAAAAAAAAAAAAGUCAGGUGAGUAAACGUUGUGAUUUUAUUAUUACAUUAGUAAAGUAUUUGCAAAAUAUGUCUUACCUGUCUAUACGUACGUAAAAAUCUUUCAAUUGAACACCAAUCAAAAGUAAACAAACCAACUACACCUGACCUUAAUGCACCACUUUUGAUUUUUUAAUCAAUUAAUAGAUUGUGUACCUACCUACCUAAUGUGUAAUUGUCUAUUAGAGCGAAAAUGUAAUUCUAAUUAUGUUCACUGUUUUGUAAUAAAUAAAAAAAAGUUUCGUUAUUUUUA